UGUGGAGCCUAGCUGAGCUUAGGUCAUGUCCGGGCGCGGGAAGCAGGGCGGCAAGGCUCGCGCCAAGGCCCGAUCUCGUUCGUCCAGAGCUGGGUUGCAGUUCCCGGUGGGCCGCGUGCACCGCCUGCUCCGCACUGGCAACUACGCCGAGCGGGUGGGCGCCGGCGCGCCCGUGUACCUGGCGGCCGUGCUCGAGUACCUGACGGCCGAGAUCCUGGAGCUGGCGGGCAACGCGGCCCGCGACAACAAGAAGACGCGCAUCAUCCCGCGCCACCUGCAGCUGGCCAUCCGCAACGACGAGGAGCUCAACAAGCUGCUGGGCCGCGUCACCAUCGCGCAGGGCGGCGUGCUGCCCAACAUCCAGGCCGUGUUGCUGCCCAAGAAGACCGAGAGCCACCACAAGGCCAAGGGCAAAUAAGCUGUUGACUUCUCACCUAGGCUUCCCUUUCCUGGCCAAGAGAAAGUCUACCUAACUACUUAAAAAGGCUCUUUUAAGAGCCACCCACA